AUGCAACCCGAGCUCCAGAUACCCACACCCUACGCCGCCAUACGCCAGAAUACACAGUGGUACAAAGACCCGAUAGUCAGCGCACAACCCGAGGAGCUGGACAGCCUCCAUGCACGCUGCACCGCCGAACGGGGUACUAGCAGUAGCAUAGUCCGCCCGGUGCGGCGGGGAGCGGCGGGGAUCGACAGUCUACCACCGUGCCUUUCAGUAAACAUAUCUGCGAUCGACAGACAGCCGCUAUCGCCGUUCAAACGGAAGAUAGAUCCCCGGCGCAGUUUUACGGCGUCGGGAGAAGACACCGCGGCCGACAGGCCGGACACGCUGAUAGACGGCGCCCAUCCGGUGGAAACCCCUCAGGUACCGGAUACUUUAUUCUUAGCGAUCCCACCGCACCACUACGCCCGCGCGGCUGCGCUACCUAAAAAACGCCGGCGCAGACGAGGAGCGCCGAGUGAUAGCCUGUGA